AAUGAACAAAAACUAAAACAAACAGUCAUGCUAGGGGCUAAGGCUAAAUUCCAAUAGUAGCACAUUACGUGGAUCCUUCGCAUCAGAUCACAUCACGUCUACAACAAGAGGCGGGGCUAACAGCUGAACUGAACUGAACGCAUUUUUAUAAUUUAGGACAUUCAGAAAGUGCGAGAAAGUGAAAUUGUAGCUCGCCACUCCAGCCUCCAACCUGGUGCUCUUGUGAUUAUUAUAGUUCAAUAUUAUGGACGUCUAACAUUAAACUAAUUGCCACAAUGAAGUACAAAAAUUUGUUAACUAAAGCAGCCUGGUUGUCAGUGGCUUUAUUUCUAUUGACAUUUGACUCGAUUGAGGCUGCAAAAAAGAAGGAUUACUACGAAGUUCUGGGAGUGAAGAAGAACGCCACCGAAAAGGAGAUCAAAAAGGCUUUCAGGAAAUUAGCCAUCAAGUACCACCCUGACAAGAACAAGGCCAAGAAUGCAAAUGAAAAGUUUCAGGAAAUAUCUGCUGCGUACAAUGUACUCUCUGAUGCGGACAAAAGGAAGAAGUAUGACUUAAUGGGUGAUGAAGAUUUCCCUCGACCUGGAGGAGGACAGCAAUUCCAUGGCGGGAACUUUAACUUCAAUUUUGAUGACAUGUUUUCUCAUUUUGAUCAGCACUUCACUUCUCACCAACAGUUCCAGCACUCUGGAGGUGGCUUUGAAAAUCACUUCAAGUUUGAAGACUUCUUCGAAGAGCCUCAGCACGAGCAGUUCUUCGGAAGCCACUUUGAUUUUGAGCCGCACACGUUUGCCGAUGGUUCCUCUUUCUUUGGCUCGCACUUUGGCAAUCACCACAGCAGCCACUCCCACGCGAGUUCUCAAAAGAAAGGAAACCACUUCUCUAGUCAUGCAUCAGUGCACCAUUCAGGUGACUCAAGAGGUCAGUCUUGCCGCACAGUUACUCAGAGGAUUGGAAAUACUAUAACUCAGUACACUGAAUGCUCCUAAUACAAUCAGUGUGGACUGUAUGAAGGCUGAGAUAAGUCUGUGAACAAAAUUGAUCUGCAAAUGAUUUGUGAUAUGUGCUUGGAGGAUAUGGAAUUGUUUUUGUAAAUAAUUACCCCUUGUUAAAGUGCGUAACGUAGCUCAAUAUAAUUAAAACCUGACUAAUCACAAUGUCGUUAACUGUUUUCAAUAAUAAAAAUAUUAUAUUUCUUUCAAAACUUA